AUGGCAAACCAAAGAGUUUUCACCCUCUCACAAAUCUCUCAACACAAAUCCAACAAAAACUGUUGGCUUGUCAUCAACGGCAGAGUGUUGGACGUGACCAAGUUUUUGGAGGAACAUCCCGGAGGAGAAGAAGUGAUUCUAGAGGUUGCAGGGAAGGAUGCAACAAAGGAGUUUGAUGCUAUUGGACAUAGUAAAGCAGCUCAAAGUUUAGUCAAGAAAUACCAAGUUGGUGUGCUUGAAGGUGCCACGGUUGAAAAGGUUGAUGAUGAUAACGAUGUUGUUGUGGAAAAGGAAUCAAAGAGGACAGAAAUGAGUGCUUUUGUGAUUAAAGAUGAUACUAGUUCAAAAACUGUGAAAUUUUUGGAGUUCUUUGUUCCUGUUAUUUUUGCUUGUAUCUAUUUUGGUUACAAGGUCAUCACAGUAGGAGACACUGUUGUCUACUAA